GAUUCCACCCCUAUGCAAAGGAGAAGAACGCAGGCUCUGGAGACAAGAAGGCUGUUAAUCGCAAUCGAGUUUUUAUUAGCAACAUCCCCUAUGACAUGAAAUGGCAAGCUAUUAAAGACCUGAUGAGAGAGAAAGUUGGUGAGGUUACAUACGUGGAGCUGUUUAAGGAUGCUGAAGGAAAAUCAAGGGGUUGUGGUGUGGUUGAAUUCAAAGAUGAAGAAUUUGUUAAGAAGGCAUUAGACACUAUGAACAAAUACGAUCUUAGUGGAAGACCCUUGAAUAUUAAAGAGGAUCCUGAAGGAGAACAUGCCCGUAGGGCACUGCAGCGGGGAGGAGGGCAGUUUCCAGGAGGACAUGGACCUGAUGCAGCACCUGGAAUGAUGAAUUUACCACCUUCUAUUCUCAAUAAUCCAAACAUUCCUCCUGAGGUUAUCAGUAAUUUGCAAGCAGGCAGGCUUGGAUCCACUAUUUUUGUUGCUAAUCUUGACUUCAAAGUUGGCUGGAAGAAACUGAAGGAGGUAUUCAGCAUUGCUGGAACUGUGAAGCGUGCAGACAUCAAAGAGGAUAAAGAUGGCAAGAGUCGAGGAAUGGGAACAGUUACCUUUGAACAAGCAAUUGAAGCUGUUCAAGCAAUAUCUAUGUUCAAUGGACAAUUCCUGUUUGAUAGACCCAUGCAUGUUAAAAUGGAUGACAAAUCAGUUCCUCAUGAAGACUUCCGUGUUGUGGACAGCAAAAGCUCACAAUUACCUCGUGGUCUUGGUGGCAUUGGUAUGGGACUUGGACCAGGUGGACAGCCCAUCAGUGCAACACAGCUGAGCAUGGGUGGUGGAAUGGGGAGCAUGGGUCCAGGAGGUAUGGGAAUAGACGGCCCAGGAUUUGGUGGAAUGAGUAGAAUGGGAGGCGGACUUCCUGGAUUUCGUGGAAUGGAAGGAAUGCCUAACAUGGGAGGAUUUGGAGUCAACCGAAUGGGAGAAAUGUUUCGUGGUGGAAUGGGAGCAAACAUGGAAAGAGAAUUUGGUCGUGGUGACAUGGCAUUGAAUCGUGGUUUUGGAGAGUCUUUUGGGAGGAUGGGUGGUGCAAUGAUUGGUGUUUUUGCAGGAGGAAUGGGAGCACCUAGCAUGGGCCCAGUAAGAUCUGGAAUGAGUGGUGGAAUGGGUGGUAUGAACAAUAUGGCUGGAGGAAUGGGGAUGGAUCGGAUGGGUUCCGGUUUUGAUCGAAUGGGACCAGCCAUGGGUGGAGGCCUGGACAGGAACAUGGACAUCGAUCGAGGAUUUGUGCCUGGCCCAAUGGGAAGUGGCAUGAGAGAGAGAUUAGGCUCUAAAGGCAACCAGAUAUUUGUGAGAAAUCUUCCUUUUGACUUGACCUGGCAGAAGCUAAAGGAGAAAUUCAGUCAAUGUGGUCAUGUAAUGUUUGCAGAAAUAAAAAUGGAGAAUGGAAAAUCAAAGGGCUGUGGAACAGUCAGAUUUGACUCACCAGAAUCUGCUGAAAAGGCCUGUAGGAUAAUGAACGGCAUAAAAAUCAGUGGCAGAGAAAUUGAUGUCCGCUUGGAUCGCAAUGCAUAAUUUAAAACUGUGUGUUCAGGAACAUUCCUAUGUCUGUUUAGCUUCUCUAUCUUAGUAAGUCAUUUUUAGUAACAUUGUAUGCUUACAAAAGCUGUAAAAAGGAACUUUUAAAUCCCACCAGCCUUUAACAGUAUAGUGUUUAAUAUACUGUGAUUCUUGUUAACUAAAUCUUACUAUGUUUGGUUUUUAAAGACAAUUUGCC